UUUACAGAGAGGAAGGGAGAGGGAUAGAGAGCUAGAAACAUCGAUGAAAGAGAAACAUCGACCAGCCACCUCCUGCACACCCACUACUGGGGAUGUGCCCGAAACCAAGGGUUCUGUGCUUCUCCAGGAGCAGGAGAAAAUGGCCAAGUUCCAGGAGGCGGUGACGUUCCAGGACGUGGCUGUGGUCUUCACGGAGGAGGAGCUGGGGCUGCUGGACCCGUCCCAGAGGACGCUGUACCGAGACGUGAUGCUGGAGAACUUCCGGAACCUGGUCUCAGUGGGACACUGGAAUCAAAAUGAGAUAGAAACUCUUCAAGAAGUUGGAUUAAGGUAUCUUUUCCAUGAAGACCUUGUGUGCUGGCAAAUAUGGGAACAACUUAUAAGUCAGUUAACCAGAAAUCAAGACUUGAUAAAAAAUCUUCAAGGCAAGACAUCUGAUUUGCCCAAACAAGGUGAUUCUUCCUUUCAGUUGUGGGCUGGAGAAACUACUCACGUUUCUGAAGAUGGGAACUGUACAAUUAAGUUUCCAGGGAAAGUUAAAAGUUCUAAUGGUAUAAAAACUCAAGAGUUUCCAAUUAAGACCCACAGGAAUUUCUGGAAGAAAAUGUAUCUCAGAGAGUCACAGAAUUAUCAGAGUAGGUGUCAGCAGAUUGAUGGAAGAUGUAAACUGUACAAGUGUGAUCGUUGUGUUACGAGAAGGACCUCUCAUGACCACGAUGAUGAUCGGGAAGUACAGAAAGGCGUGAAGUCCUGUAGCCACAAGAAUUGUGGGAAAGACUUCAUGAAGAAAUCAUUCCACCAUAGUGUAAUCAACUCAGGAAAGCAAACCUCUGAUGAGAAUAGAAAAGGCCUUGGGUCCAGUCUUGAAGUUCAUCAGCAGUUGCACCUAGGAGCAAAACCCCAUAUUUGUAGUGAGUGCGGGGAGGGUGUCAGUUAUAGUUCAAUGCUUUGCACUCAUCAAAGUAAUUCCACAGAAGAGAAAUGCAAUAGGAAUGAUGAGUGUGGUGAGGACUUUAGUCAAAACUCACAUUUGCAGAUCUAUCAGAGAGUCAGCAUGGGAGAGAAACCCUACAAAUGUGAAGAGUGUGGGAAAGGCUUUAUGUGGCGCUCACGUCUUCAUGUUCAUCGGAGAAUCCACACAGGAGAGAAACCCUACAAAUGCGGUGUUUGUGGGAAGGGCUUAAGUCGGAGUUCAUAUCUUCAAGCCCAUGAGCGAGUCCACACAGGAGACACACCCUACAAAUGUGCUGUGUGUGGUAAGUGCUUCAGUCGGAGUUCACAGCUUCAAGUCCAUCAGCGAGUACACACUGGAGAGAAACCCUACAGUUGUGCUGUGUGUGGUAAGAGCUUCAGUCAUACCUCAACUCUUCAAUCUCACCAACGAAUCCACACAGGAGAGAAACCCUACAAAUGCGGUGUUUGUGGGAAGGGCUUCAGUCAGAGUUCACUUCUUCAAGAUCAUCAGCGAGUGCACACAGGAGACGCACUGUACAAAUGUGCUCUGUGUGGGAAGAGCUUCAGUCGGAGUGCACAUCUUCAAGCCCACCAGCGAGUUCACACUGGAGAGAAACCCUACAAAUGUUCUGCGUGUGAUAAGAGCUUCAGUCGGAGUUCAAAUCUUCAAGUUCAUCAGCGAGUCCACACUGGAGAGAAACCCUACCAAUGUGGUGUGUGUGGGAAUAGCUUCAGUUGGAACUCACAGCUUCAGUACCAUCAGCGUGUGCACACUGGUGAGAAAACCUACAAAUGCGAUGAGUGUGGGAAAGGCUUCAUGUGGAGCUCGUGUCUUCAUGUUCACCAGAGGAUCCACACAGGAGAGAAACCCUUCAACUGUGCUGUGUGUGGGAAGAGCUUCAGUCGAAUCUCAAGUCUCCAAGCUCAUCAGCGUGUCCACACUAGGGAGAAACCCUACAAAUGUGCUGUGUGUGGGAAGAGCUUCAGUUGGAGUUCACAUCUUCAAGACCAUGAGCGAGUCCACACAGGAGAGAAACCCUAUAAAUGUUCUGUGUGUGGGAAGAGCUUCAGGCGGAGUUCACAUCUUCAAGCCCAUCAGCGAGUCCAUAGAGGAGACAAAUCCUACAAAUGUGCUGUGUGGAAAGAGCUUCAGUUGGAGGUUACAUCCUCAAGACCAUGAGCGAGUCCACACUGCCAAGAAGUCUUACUUAUGAAGAGUGUGGGAAAGGCUUUAUGAAGAGUUUGUGUCUUCAUGUUCAUCAGAGGAACCACACAGGAGCAAAACCCUACAAAUGUGCUAUGUGUGGAAGAUCUUCAGUCAGAACUCAAGUCUUCAAGUUCAUCAGUGAGUUCACAGUGGAAAGAAGCCAUGGAAAUGUGAGACAUGUGGGACAGGCUUUAGUCACAGUUCAUGUCUUCAAGAACAUCAACAAGUGUACAAUGGAGAAAAUCCUGCAAAUGUGCUGUGUGUGGGACAGGCUCCAGUCAGACCUCAAGUCUUCAGGUUCAUCAUAGUAUAUAUAAUGGAGAUAUGUCCACUACUAGUGAUGAUUGUGAUAACAGUGUUCUUCAGAACUUAGACUUCGGACUUCCAUCAGAUAACCUACACUGCAGAGAUUAGAUAUAGAAAGUUUUGUUUUAAGAAUUCAGGCAUGAGUUGGGUUUUUUUUUUUUACAGUCAUCUGCAUCCCAUUGGAAGAAACCUCUUGGUUACAUGAAUGUGGUCAGUAUUCUAGCAGAGCUUAAAAUGUCAGUUCUUA